AUGAAGAACGCCCACUGCGAGGACGGAGGAGUACAACUUGAAGGCUCCCAAAUCGUGGAAACUUCGUCAUACGUAUACCUCGGACGUUCUAUGAACAUGGAAAAGGACUUGAAGGAAGAACUGAAUAGAAGAAUGAGAGCAGCGUGGGCAGCAUUCGCAACCGUCAGGGAAGCUACGGACCAACUGACGGACAAAGAUCUUCGUGCCCAUCUGUUCGACUCGACAAUUCUUCCAGCGCUCUGUUACGCAGCGGAAACGUGUCAUACAUCGCUGCCACAUCUAGGAAGUUACUUACUACCCAAAAGCCCUUGA